AUGAACUACCAGGCUGUCACGUCCGAUGAAGAGCUUAUUAAUCGUCCGGAAAGAGAUAGGAAAUCAUCAAACAAUAUCCUAGGCUGGUAUCUCUAUUGCUUCUCAAGUGAGCCUUUUAUUGUAUCUGCCGUUUCGACAUACGUUCCCCUUCUACUGGAACAAUUUGCAAGAAUAAACGGGGUUUCUGUUGACGAUCAUUCUCUCAACUGUGUUACGCAAGACCAAAAAUGCGUACUGGGCAUUUUUAAUAACACGUUAUAUCUCGAUACGUCGAGCUUCGCACUAUAUACCUUCUCUCUCAGCGUGCUCUUCCAGGCAGUGUUGGUAAUCUCCGUCUCAGGGAUGGUUGAUAUGUGGAAUUCUGUUAAACUCAGAAGCAAUGUAAUGGUUGGCUUUGGGAUUGUCGGUGCCCUAUCUACCAUCGCCAUAUCACAAUUAGAUUCCUCGCAAUACUAUUCCCUUGCGGUUUUAGCCAUUCUUUCAAAUUGUUGUUAUGGCGUCGUUAACGUUGUAGGCAAUUCAUUGCUGCCAGUUUUCGCACGCGACCUGGUUCAAUACAAUUCGGAGCAUAAGAAUGGCGACCUUGAGCAAAUUACCUCGAUCACCAGUGGCCGUGGCUCGGGCCUUGGGUAUUUCGGGGCUUUGCUAGUUCAGAUUGGCUCCAUUUUUUUGAUAAAGAUGAGCAAAACGCAUGAUAGCAUCCAGAGCGCAGUACUGUUGGUGGGCUUCUGGUGGCUGAUUUUGCAGAUCCCUCUUGUAUGGCUACUUCAGGAUGUUUUGCCACCGUUGGUCGACACACAUGAGAUGCACUUGUCAUCAUCUAUCCAAUAUAUGACCUAUGGGUGGAAAUCUUUAUUGGAAGCUUUAAGGCACGCUAGUCUGCUGAAAGACGUAGUGAUCUUUCUGAUUGGUUGGUUCAUUAUAUCUGAUUCGAUCACGACUAUCAACUCGACAGCCAUUUUGUUUGCAAAAACUGAACUCAGUAUGAGCACUACAGGGCUAGUUUUGGUCAGCAUCUUGUCACUGAUAAGUGGCAUCGUAGGUGCAUUUUUUAUACCUCAAAUCCUCACCUCCUAUUUCAAGCAAUCACCACCUCGUAUGAUGGUGACCAUUAUUUGCUGGGCUGGGUUCAUUCCACUAUAUGGAUGCAUCGGAUUCUUUUUUAGUUCCAUUGGCCUCCGUCAUACCGGUGAAAUGUAUAUGCUAGCUAUAUGGUACGGCAUUGCAAUGGGUGGGCUAGCUGCCGUGUCUCGUUCCAUUUUUAGCUUGAUUAUUCCGAGCGGUAAAGAAUCUACAUUUUUCAGCCUUUUCAGUGUCACUGACAAGGGAUCCUCAAUAGUUGGACCCUUUCUGGCUGGUUUGAUAACGGAUAAGACCCACAACAUCAGAUACUCGUUCUACCUGUUACUCUUCCUCCUGCUGGUCUCUUUGCCAAUUUUCAGUAUGCUGGACGUGGAAAGAGGUAAGAAAGAAGCUCAAGAGCUGAGUAACAUACAAACAUUGAAUGACUGA